AUGCUGCAAUCACUUGCAGAUUUCAUGCAUCUGCAGAUUUUCAGCAUCUUCCUUAAUACUUCUGAUGUUAAUAGCUCACUAGAUAUAGCUUCUUCUGGGGGGCAAACCAAGGCUACUGCAUCACAUAAUAAUGCUGACAAUACCAACAUUGUGCCACCCCUUCUACCGAUGAGUCCAAGGUUGCCUCGAAAGUUGUCAGGUCUCCAGAGUCUGUCAAAUAGCACAGAUACUAGUUUGCAGUUCAGUGAUCAUGCUGGUGACCAGUCUGUUCCAUAUUAUUUGGUGGACCGCAGAAUUGAAACUGUGAAGGAAAAUGCAAGUGAUACAUCCUCUGGUGAUAAUUUGAGUAAGGGUGAGAAGAAUGUCAAACAAACUGAUAUUGCAAUGGUUUCUGAAACUCCAAUAAUGUUUAAACAACCAACCCAUCUUAUAACUCCAUCGGAGAUAUUAUCCAGGGCCGUUUCUUCUGAAAAUUCCCAAACCACUCAGGGCCUGAAUGUCACAGAGGUAAAGAUUCAGGAUGUGCUUGUGAACAAUGAUAUUGAAAGUGCUGAAGUGGAGCUUAAAGUUGUUGGAGAGACAGGAACUGAUCAAAAUAAUGACUUUGACUUGCCCAGAGAAUCUCACACUGCUGUUGCAGAGAAGAAAGAGAAAUCCUUCUACUCUCAGGCCUCAGAUCUCGGCAUUCAGAUGGCAAGAGAUUGUUGUGGGAUCGAGUCGAUUAGAAGUUCAAUUAUUCUAGCUAUAGGAACCCUUGAGUUUAUGUAUCCCAAUAUUGUAUUAGGAUAUCAGUAA